AUGGGGGACUUUAAUGCAGUACUGGACAAAGAAGACAGAGUAAAUGGUACAGAAAUACAGGAUAAUGAAAUCAAGAACUUUAGAGCUCUAACGGAGGAUUGCAGGUUAAAUGAACUAAGAACUGUGGGAAGAACAUACACAUGGACAAACAACCAUGUGUUUAGUAGAAUUGAUGGAGCUAUUGUAAAUGCACAUUGGAUGAUGAAUAUGCCACCAUUGCAAGUUUGUGUGAUGGAUCCUCAGUUCUCUGAUCACUCUCCUUUAUGUAUAGCGGUGAAGGCAGGAAUGGAGUAUAAAGGGAGACCUUUCAAGUUUUUUAACUGUCUCACUGAGCAUCCAGAGUUUGAACAAAUAAUAAGUAGAAGAUGGGAAAAUGAGAAUAGAAAUAUGAAGGAUAUAUGGUGUAAUUUGAAGCAGAUCAAAGAAGAGAUGAAAAGUAUAAACAAGAGAGCGUUUUCCAAUACAACAAAGAAGGUGCAGAAGUUAAGGGAAAACUUAGCAAACAUUCAAGCACAGAUGAGAACAACUAACACAGCAGCUGAUAUGUUUGAUGUGGAGAGAAACACAAAGCAUCAGCUAGAGAAGUGGAGUAAUAUAGAAGAGAGCAUCUAUAAGCAAAGGUCUCGAAUAUAA